AUGUCCUUCUCAUUCUUCAAGCCGUCCAAGCCGAAGUCUACACCGGUGGAACUCGCGAGGGCGUUGAAGGAAUGCCUUCUGAGCCUUGACACGCAGACUGUUGCGGAUGCUAGAGCGCAUGAGAAGGUUUGCGCCCGUUUCUUGGGCUGAUGUUUGUCGCCGGCCUUUGUGAUUGUAGUCAAUUUCGCGGUGUUAUGUAACAUCACAAUGAUUUUAUAUUUUCAGUUGAAAAUAAACUUUUCCGACAUUUUAUUUCGAAUUAUUCGUCAAAAUGCAGCAGUCGGUUAGCUAAUUUUUUUGUCACCAUGCGAAGCUUCUCCGUCUACCGCCAGGGUCUAGAUCGAUUUUGGAAGACUAAUAAAAAAAAUUCUUUCUAAAUCGUUGUGGCGAUUGGUAAUGAUGGCGUCGGACUAUCGGAAAUUCUUUCCCAUUGACCUCGGAAGAAACUAACUUAUGCACCGAAACAUGAUAAAGAUCAACGACACUCAGCUUAUGUACGUCACACUUUUUGGAUUUGUGGUAAAUUUAUGGGUAAAACAAAUUUUUCUACACGGGCAAAAAUGUAGAAACUGAGAUUUCAUUUCGUCCAGACAUACGAUUAAAUUUUGCUCCAAACAUGUCCUUGGAUUUGAUUCUCCUCUAGUGGUUUUACGUCACCCUCUUGAAGACUAAUUUGGUUUCUCUGCUACACUCAUCUGUUAGGCUUUUCCAGUUAGUUUAGUGGAGGGAAGGGAGAGAAGAAUGGAGAACAAGUUCCACCAAUUGAACAUAAAAAUUGUAUCAAGGCGAUCAGAUUCUGAUCAACUUGAAACAUAUCAAGUUGUAUUUUCACUCUAAGCUACAAUAUCUGCUAACAUCGAAUUCUUCUCAUCAAUUUCAGCAACCAAAAUUGUUGCCCGCACAGACACAUACUUUGUAUAUUUCGUAGCCCUAGUAGGAGUCAUAUGUUCCCAUCACGUUUGAUCCCAUUUGACCUAAUAGGAGCCAUAGAUUUCCUAGCUUUUUAAUGGGGAUAUAUGUAUGCAUAUAUAUAUAUAUCUAUAAAUAAUGCUAUUUUCUGUUUGUUACUUCAUUCCCCGACUUUUAAUCUGCCUCUCUGUAUAAAUUCCCCCCAUCAGGCUGAAAAGCUUCAUAAGAUUCUCCCUGAGGUAACAACAUUGCAGAUCAACUAAGGAUUCGUACAUAUCUUUUUCGGUGGUUUUUCAUCGUACACAGAGCAAUUUCGUUAUUUUUUCAAUGCCAAUGUGGUUUGCUUGAAGAAAUGGUGGGAUGAGAAUUACCAAAAGACAUAAAGUACAUCCAUUUUAUGAGACUGAUAAGAAAACACGAAAACAAGAAAAGCAGAGAAUGAUCUGAAUUCACAAAAAGCAAAAAAUCAGUAAUUCUCCUUAAUAUAAUUAUCAUACGUUGUUCAAUGGGAACAUAAAAAGUAUCACCUCCUGUGGCGUAGAAUUUCGACAAAAGGCCUGUGCAAGGAGCCAGAUAAGAGGAAAUACAUCCUCCAGCCAGCAAAUGACAAAUAUAACAACUUGCAUCUGAAAAAGCUUCCAAGAAAUCAUCCAUACAUCAACGGAAAAUCAACUUGAGUCCAGCCUACAACUCCAUCACUCUCAAAGGCCCAGUAAGCCUGGCAAUUCCAGCGGUUUCACCACAUUAGAAGAUAAAAGUUUUGGUUAAGCAUUUUUUGUUCUACAUCAUUUCAAAUGACUCGUAUUUAUCCUUUGCAUGCAGAUACUCUUUCUCAUACUCUGCUUUAUCUCUUUUGUCUAUUUCCUUCCAAGCCUCUGUUAUCUCACUGAUCGAAAGAAAUAACCAUUUUUGCUCUAUGAUCACCUUGAUAAUGCCAAAAUAACUAUUUCUAUGGAAUAUGCUUCGUUUAUGACCCAGCCAAAUGUGACUGAAUUGUAUAGCUUCCUACGUAAGCAUUUCAGCCAAAGUUAUCUAGAUGAUAGAUGAUAACUUGGCAUCAUGAACCCUUACACUGUUCGGCUAUGUCCCUCCUUGCUUCUACGCUACUUAUAACCUGUCUGUACUUUUUUCUGGGUAUCCAAUCUAGAGCACCUUGAUGAGAGUUCUAGACAUUCAUAUUUGCGUUUUUGAAUCGGUAGCUUUCUUGUAUGUUUUACACUCUUUAACAGUCAGUGCCUGUGAUCCAGCACCAACAACAGCAUUUGUAGUUUGCUCUAAGAUCAACAGCACCGUGCACGUGGAAAAUCAUGAUCUACACCUAUCUCCAUUUAGAUGCCAGGUUUCUGUUGAUUAUUCUUGUUAUAUGGACUCUAGUGCGUAGUAAUCAAAGAUCAAUUAUUGCAUCCACUCCAAUUUGUUCUCAACUUCAUGGCAGUUAGAUGCAGACCUACAUUCCUCUAUCUACAUUGUACUAAUGGCACUGAUGUUGCAUUAUCUUUGGAAUCCUCUACCGGUUCUCUUUUUUGAUAAAGCCACUUUUGAACUAUAAGUAAACAAUGAGAUACUCAACAUUCAUUUUUCAAGACAGGGAGAAUCCGGGCUACCUCGUUGAGAUCCCUGGGCAAUGUCUAGGGGAUAGAAAUCUGGACAUAUUUCCCCUAUGCCAUCUCAAUCUCGACAAAGUCUCCUUUUUGGGUGCUAAUUAUGUUCCUCUGUUAAUUAUUAAAGAAGGAAGGCUCAGUUAUCCAUUUUAUCCCCCAUCCUGAAGUACUAUUUUGUUUGGGUGCUCCUUUGAUCACUGCACUGUGGUUCAACUAGUACAUCUUUUGUUAUUUGUCCAUACCUCCAAAAGGAUAAGCUCAUGGCUAGGUUCUUAGUCUUUCCAUUCUAAACAAUUGAAACCACUUAAUCCUAUCAGAUUGCAUCUUGCGGUUCACCUGUAAACGUGAAUUAAAUAAAUCUUAUUUCUUACAAUCCCUCUCCAAAAGUAUAUAUUUUUCUUGAGGCUUGGCAUACUUUAUUUUAUUUUAACGAAUUAAUUAUCAACUUGAAUUAUUCAAAGAAUUUUGCAUGAUAUUUUUUUCUAAUAGGCCCUAGAAGAUGUUGAAAAGAAUUUUGUUGCAAUGAGGCAAUUGCUCUCUGGUGAUGGAGAUGUUGAACCAAACGAGGAGCAAAUUCUGCAGUUUGCACAAGAAAUGUGCAAGGAGGAUGUCCUUUCUCUAUUUGUUCACAAGUUAUCGAUGAUAGGAUGGAAUGUAAGUUUUAGCUUCUGAGUUCAUAAUUGAGUUUAUUUUGAUGAAUGCUUUGAGAUCAAGGAUGUGAUCAUGCCAACAGUCUAGGAAAGAUUUAGCUCAUUGCUGGGGAAUUUUGUUGCGGCAAAUGGUUGGCUCUAACUAUUGCUGUGUUGACUACAUUGAGAACCACUCAGAACUGUUGGAUUUCCUUGUAGCUUGGUAAGCUUUAAUCUGUUUAUUAAGUGACACUUUCGGCAGUUCUGUUCACUUAGAUAUCCAUGAUAAGCUUUUAUGCUGUCCAUUCUUUAUCUUUUAUUUUUAUAUACUUGUACUACUUCCUUUUUGCUCUUUCUUUCGUUAAUAACAAGGAAUUGACUAUGUGAAGUUUAAUAUUUGUCGAUUCUGCUAGAAGUUUCUCCCGUUCUUACUGUUCUGCGUUAAUGUACUGUAAGUAUUAUGAUCAUCCCAUUUUUUAUGCAUUCAGUUAUCUGGAAUAUAUGCUGACCAUGGAACAUGUGAAUAUAUUUUAACUAAAUAUUUUGAUGGAAGGGUGCUGGUUAUCUGUUAUGUUCUGAAGGGGCAAGUAAACAUGUGUGAUUAAUAAAUUUCAGAGACUCUCAUAGUAUUUCCUGUGAUAGCAUGAAAGGCAAGAAAAACCAAAUCUUAUAAACUAAAGCAUGGCGGAGGAAACCACGUGCAAAUAAACCCGCACCAAGAUAAAAUCGACAUGAGUUGAGAGUCUUUUGCUAUGAACUGUUGGGCACCAGUGCAAAACUACUUCAUUUCCUCCAAGGAUUCUGAGUGAGGCAGCCCGCUUAUGGUAACAUAAGGAAGCAAAUGGAAAACUUCAGUGUCAUGGCAAAUAAAUGCUUUGAACUGCAGGCUGAUAAUGCAGAGAACUAUGAUCUAAUAUAGUUUAAAUAAAAGACUAAACCAGUGAAGGAGCAUGCAAUUCAGCAGUCAGGAGGCAAACUUCUUUGUGAUGGAAAAGAAAAUUGUCUUUUGGGGGCAAUCAUAAAACCAACAGAGUUAAUGUCUUUGCUUAGAGGUAAUGACGUUACCAUUGCAUGUUGCAAAUGUUUGUUUCACAUUGACGAUUCAUUAUCUAUAACGCCAAGUUAUUAAUCCUCAUGCUUUCUUUAUAAUUUAUUCUUGCCCUGAAGCAUUUUGCUGUUUCUAUUUAGCUAAAAUUAAUGCUAGGCUGCUGUGGGUUGGUUGAGAUCUGCGUCAGUGAUGCUGUCAUGAUUUUGGGCUCUACAAAGCUUCUCGAGUCUAGUUGUCUGGAAAUUCACAUGUUUCUGAAAUGAUGGUGUAGCUUGGAUUCAUUAUUUAAUAAAAUAAGGACUAUGGCUCAUCUCUGUGAAAAGCCCUUCAAAACCAUUCACUGAAUCGUCUUCAGUUCUUCUCGAUUUUUGAGGAAAAUUGAGAUAAGAGGGGGCGUCUCUAGUGUUUAAACAUCUUCUUGUUGCACAUACAUUUUAUGGGAACUAUCAUCUUAUGUUUGUUUUAUUUAUUUCCGAGUGGUCUUACAUUUUUUCCGACCAUCUCAAGUGAAUGUAUGACAGUAACGUAUUUUUAAAGUAUUCCUCGUGGAGACAGACUGAGAUAAGUUUCAUUUACGGAAUUAUAGCAAUCGUCCAUUUAUUUUUAUCUUGUUGAUUAUUUGGAUUUUUUAAUGUAAUAUUGUGGGCUUAUUUUGUGUACUUAUUUCAUUAAAUGACUGUUAUGAUUAAAGUAACACAAUCCUGUAAGCUAACUGCAGCAUAUGACCAUGUCAAAAUAUCGUUCUAAGUGAUCAGAUGCCAUAAGCAAUCUUAGCCUUUGAAUGAUUGUGUCAUACUCAUUGCGCCUGUCACUCUAUCAUGAAUGAUAAGAGCCACCACAACAGAUAUGGACUAACCUGGUGACUGUACCACUCAUAUUUCACUUAACCUUGUCCAAUUACAUGACAUUCCAAUCCCAUUUCCAUGGUUUCUUUGGUGGAAAGGUAUGUUACACAGUCAUUUUCAUUUCUCAUCUUCCAGAUGAACCAACAAUAAUUUAUAAGAUGGUAUGCACCUUUCUUUGUUGAUCUUCCUUUCAACCUUUUUAGAUUUCUAAUGGAGGCUAGAUCUGUUGGGUUCUAUGUCAUUCAUUUUUUCUGCUAAUGUCCCAAAGUGUCCUUUAUGCAGUUUUCCUUGGGAAAUAUUGAUACGCUUUUUCUUGACACUAAUCUUGGCGAUGUGUGACAUGAGUAAUGAGAAUGAAUAGUGUGUUAUUAAUGUUCUUUCAAUCUGAGCUGUUGAACAUUCUAUAACUGUCAGUGGAACACCUGUUAUAGAUAGAUUUAUGUUUCAUUGAGAAGCAACCAAAGGAUCGUAUAAUGCACAGGAACUUACCUUUUGAUGUGUCCAGUCAUCGUCUUCACAUCAUAGGCAUCAUGUGAUCAUGUUGUUGUUGACUCACUCCCUUCGUUCCCGCAACAUGAUCAUUUUUUUUCUCUUUUCAGAUGCUUCCAUGGCGUUAGCUUAUGUGUUUUUCAUGGUUCAUUUCUUGCUUCUCCUUCCUGUUUGUAUGGCGCUAGAGAACUGUUUAUAUCCGAAAGUAUUAAUAUCUAUGGCUCCUUUCUGUUUGUAUAGCACCAGAGAACUGUGCACAUCCAGUCAAGCUGUGUCAUCGUCUAGGAGUUGAAGCUGGGACAUAUUAUCCAGUUUUUUGUUUUAAGAUUUUUAAGGGUAUCAUAGCUCGUUGUGUUCUUUCUACUCAGUCCUCUUACAUCUCUGUCUGCAUGAGCCCAGCCCGGGAGGAAUGAAUAGUUCCCUGGUGCCGCCUUUAAUUUGAGAAUUUCAUUUGGCUUUUUGAUGGAGAUGGAAAAGCAUUCCCUUCCGACCGAUGGGGAAUGGAAUGACCUACAAUUUUUGCAAUUUUAGUUUAUUUGUGCUGUUUUUUCUUUAAGGUUAGUCUUUAAUUACUAAAAUGCCAUAUGAUCUCAUGACCCUAUAAUUGUUCUGACAUAGAUGUAUCCUGAACAGCUGCAAUAACAAAGAUGUUGCCUUGACUUGUGGAAAUAUGUUGAGGGAAUGUAUCAAAUUUCCAGUACUUGCAAAGUAAGAUUUCGAUAUGUUUUAUAUGGUCCCAUGUUGAUUUGAAUUAUUGUGUUUUUAAAAUACAUGUUCUGUAUAUUGUGUUAACCUCAUUUUUUUUCGUAAAUGCAUUCUAUUCUUGUAAAAACUUUUAUGUGGUGAAGAAUUGAAUGCAUAUUGGCAUUUCUUCAUUGAGAUGUUAUGAAGGAAAGGGGAUUUAUUUUAUUCAAUGAUGUGGGUUAUGUAAGAACAGUCUAUAAGAGUGGAAGCAUUGUGCAUGCAUGGACUAUUUCUCUUUUGCAUAAUUUACUUGAAUGAAAUCUAUGGAAAACACGUAAAUGGUGAGGAAUCUUGCUGCAUGAUAGCAAGAUGUGAAUUUACUCUCAAUUUUUGUGUCACUCAGCUGAACCCAGGUGGAGAGUGCUAGUGAGUUGUGGCUAGUCUAAAAGUUGCCCUUGGAGUGGAAAGUAGAAGUCUCUCUGUGUCAGUCUAUGCUCCUUUUGUUCUCACUCUCUCAGUCCUUGUAUAAAGAGUGAGACCACUUAAAAUUUUGAAAGAAGGUAUCCUUGGGUAAUCAAAGAAGGUGAUGCACGAUUGCCCCAAGGAAUCCUUUAGUCUGUUGGAUCUUUAAAAGCCGUGACUUCCAAAUAUAUCUCAAAAUUGCAAGAGAUGUUGGUGUGAUGGGAAGCAGUUCUUUGGAUGAUUUAGUAGUUACUAAGCUCCUUGUGUCAUUCCGUUUUGUUCUGAGAGCUAAUUCACAAUCCGGGCUUUAAUUCUCUUUUUACAUUUUACCUGCCCACUGAAAACUUCAGGAUUCUUCCUGGUGACUGCUUUCCUGUGAAUAUUAUUCCCUUUUCAGUAUGAAUUUGAAGAAUGGAUUCUAUAAGUUUUGUUCUUUCAUAUCAUGAAUAUUUCUUUCAGAUACAUGUUGGAAUCAGCAAGUCUUGAGUUGUUUUUUAAGUACGUUGAAUUACCCAAUUUUGAUAUUGCUUCUGACGCGCUUGCAACAUUUAAGGUCAGUUCUUCUAGUGAUGUCUCUUCGCUACCCUUAUGGUUUUUAUCUUCUAAAUGCAAAUAUUUUGUAGGAUUUGCUUACCAAAAAUCCAACUGAAGUUUCUCAGUUCUUGAUAGUUCAUUAUGGCCAGGUAGUUCAAUUUCUUCUUUAAUUGCCAAUGCACGAUGUUAUUUUUCUUAGAGUCUUUAAAAUGCUGGUUUUUUUCGUUGUUGCUUACUUUUCUGUUCAUCUAGAACUCGACUUUGCUGUUGCACGCAUUUCUUCUAAUUCAGUGGUGUUCUUCCAGUUCUUUGGUCUUUAUGAAAAGUUAUUGACAUCUAAAAACUAUGUCACACGGCGACAAUCAUUGAAGGUUUGUGCAUAAAUUUUAACCUUCUGUCGAUUUAGUGAUUAUUUAAAGUCAGUUUAUUGCGGUCUAACUUUAAUUCUCAUCUAGCUGCUUUUGGAAUUCCUUUUGGAACCUCCGAAUACUCAAGUAAUGAAACGCUUCAUCCUGGAAGCUGACUUUUUAAAAGUCAUAAUGGGAUUGCUGAAGGUAGACAAAUUUUCUGUUCCUCUGGCUAUCUUUUUCCAUUUGCAUUCAAGUUCACUCAUUUUGCACUAUAAAGGUAUUAAUCACACGAAAGAUUAAGGAUGUGGGGUUUCUGUCUGUGAAUAUCAUUUUGUUAUUGUAAUUUUCCAGCAAAAAUAUGUUGAAUGAUUUUCGCAAUAGAUUAUGUGCCAUCCUAAAAACAGGAAAAAGCUUAGAUACACAUUGGAUUGGUGCUGAUUCUGUGUGCUGGCAUUAUGGUGAAAUGGAAUUAUAUUUGUGGAAAAUGGAUGUUAACAUGCUGAUGACCGUCCCAUGAUAUGGGAAGUUCUUGCCGGACCAUAUUGCUUACAAUGAAUAGGGGAGACCACGAGAUACAGAGGAAGGAGAGAAUAAUGAAAGGUCUUCACCAUCAUCAAGAAGUGUUUUCAUCAAAAGUCCUGUCUCGCUUAUGGCCCUAGUACACUUUUGUAGAACAAGUGAGAGUCAAGACUACCAGAACCAGAAGCCUUUGAAGAAGCCAAUUUCCAGUAUCAAACUAGUACUUGGUGCUUUCGGAUUUGGCAAGUUCUACUUUCGAUAUUUCCUUGGUUUCAGCCCUAUUAGUAGCCCGAGUUAGGCAAUUGUUAACGCAAUCUAAAUUAUAUGUCCUUUGAUUUGAAACAGUGUGAGAUCAAAAGGGUAAUAAUAGGGAAAUCGCUGACCAUGCUCAUGCUGACCAUGUGACAUGAGACAUUUGAAUAUUACAGUAAAAGCUACCCCCAUGAUGCAAGGUAUUAUUCUUGAUCAUUUCAUUGCAAAGACAUAUUCCACCAGCCAUAUUCAACUAGCAUUUUGUUUGUUUGCUGGUUUCAUCGGCAUGACCAUCCUGCAAAGAUGUGUCAAAGACAUCAAGACAAGAUUGCAUUUUAUCUUGUCGUUUCUUUAAGGCACGAAACUUUGUAAUGUUGAGGUUGCUUCUUCAAAAUUUAGCCCGCUGACAUCUCAUUAAAGAGGAAUUGGUUGAUGCAUCCCUUCAAUGAUUAUCUUGAAGACUUUGCUGAAGAAAGUCAACGUGGUCCAAAAGACCGUUAAUCCUUUAUAUAUGCUCCUUUAGAUGUUAAAUAAGUAAAACUUUUAAAACCAGAACACUUUCUGUUCCUUAAUCUCCAUGGGUUAUUGUUUUCCUGCGCUUGAAAAAGUAGGAAAAAAAAUUAUAUAGCGAUAGCUUUAUUCAUGGGUUAUUUUAUUUAUUUGAAAUAAAAUAAAAGGAGCAAUCUGCUUAAACGUUGGGAAUUGAAAUUAGCUGCAUCCGCCCCCCCUUAAAAGCCUAUCUAAAGUUAGGAGGCUGGCAUUUAGAUGUUCUUUGGCCACAAUGCACGAUGCAUGUUUCGACCUGAUGCUCUGAUUUAAUCUUUUUUGCAGGACACGAGCAAAAACAUCCAGAUAUCUGCUUUUCAUAUUUUUAAGGUGCAUUUUUUUCGUCCGAGUUUUCUUUAUUUGUGACUCAAUUUCCAGUCAAGCGAAUGAUACUUGUUUUUGCGUUAAUCUAUGAAUGAAUAUGGCCGCGAGGUAAAGCUAAAUAUUUUGCUUACGUCAGUUACUUAUAGUUGAUUGAAGUUAAGAUAUUUCCUGUGGCGCGUCCAUUUCUGUGAAUCAAAUGGGCCUCCUUUACAGUUUUCCCAUCCUUUUUCAGUGUCUCAUCUUUCCUAGAUGGCUAGUUAGCAGUAUUCUUCAGAUUUCUGUGCAGUAUUUUCUGGUUAUUUAUAGUUACCUUAUUUUCUGGUUAUUUAUUUUGUCCUUAUUUUCUGAUUCCAGCUUACAUUCAUCGCUGUUUUCAUCAUAUAAAUCAGGUAUUCGUUGCCAAUCCAAAUAAACCAUCAGAAAUAAUUGAAAUUCUGGCAAAGAACCAUGAGAAAUUGCUGAUGCUGUUGCAUGGUCUUCCGGCCAAUAAAGGUGAAAAUUUAUACUUAUAUAAUUCCAUAAUUCCAAAUAAUUGCUGAUACUGUUGCAUGGUCUCCUGGCAAAGGUGAAAAAUUUAUACCUAUAUAAUUCCAUUAAAUUUAUGAAUUUCCUACUUUAGGUUAUGUUUUCAGAGCACCCAUUUCUGAGAGAAUCACUCAGUGGGACUCGUUCAUUCUUGUUUUGUACUCCAAAUGUCACUUCAUGGGAAGUCAUAUGAGGUGACUCAAUGCAUCUUUCUUUUAACGGUUCUCCUUUGGGAUUCAGUCUCUGUAUGCUAAAUAGAUAACCUAAUCUAUUUAAAGCUGAAGCUACAUUAACUCUUCUUUGUGAUACUUAACCUCUCUCUUUUUCUCUCCUUUGUCUAGGUGGAGAGGAUGAACAGUUUGAGGAGGAGAGAGAUUUAGUCAUCAAGGAAAUUAAAGCACUGUCGCAUACAUCUCAUGCUGCUGGUUAG